AUGAGUCUCGACGCUGAAGGGUUGGUAAGCAGCCAGAAUGAGAUCCAUCGGCGCAUUUCUCGAUCCAUGGAAAACUUGAGGAAGAUGGGCGUCGCGAAUAUCACCGCGAGCGCCAUAGAUGCCAAGGUCGCAAUCCUCGACCAGCUCUGGGCGAAAUUCGAGAAUCAGCAUGAGCGUAUAAGAGCCGAGUUGAAAUCAAACUUCGACAGGAGUGAGUACGUUCAAUCUAAUCUGCUCGAAAUCGUCGAACUCGCCUACGUACAACAACGGAGCAAGCUGCUAGAGUACGCCAGACGAUUUUGCGAUGAGCCGCCGAAACUUGCUCAACCGAAAGAGCAAGGUGAAGAGCAUGCCUCUAAAACCGCGCUUCCGCGUAUAAAGCUUCCGCCGUUCUCCGGAAAAUACAAGGACUGGCUAUCGUUCCGCGAUCUCUUUCAAUCCGUAAUCGGGAAAAACCCAGCGAUCACCAACAUCGAAAGAUUUCAUUACCUGAAGUCCUGUCUGCAAGGACCCGCGAAGAGACUGAUUCGACCCUUGUCCGUGACCGGAGAGAACUAUGACCGCGCGUGGGCUCUUCUAAGUGAGCACUUCGAGAAUAAAAAGGAGCUUAUUCGCGCCAAUUUUUCCACCUCCGUAGCAAGGAUGAAGAGCGAGUCCGCGGAAGAGCUGAGCCGAAUCUAUCACGCGGUGCUGGCAACGGUCAACGCGCAAGAGAGCAUCGGACGUCCGAUACGCUCUCACGGCAUGGAUCUCUUCAAUCAUCUCGUGGUGGAGCUUUUCGAUUCUCGAACGCGCCUCGAAUGGGAGUCCUCCAUCUGCGAUUCUGUUGAGCCGGCUAGAUUCGACGCUCUAACUAGCUUCAUUAACAAGCGCAUUCUAACGUUGAACGCUGCGAAACCCAAAACAGGUAGCAAGGUUAAUGUAGAGUCGUCCCGCUCCGCGAAAGCUCAUUUUACGAAGCCCGGAUUCGAUGCGCAGUGUGCGCUCUGCAAAGGAAAGCACAUGCUUAUGACGUGCAGCGAUUUCAAGGCGAAGACAGCUAACGACCGAAUAGCCUUCGUGGAGGAUCACCGACUGUGUCUGAACUGCCUGGGAAAUCACGCCCUGGCUAAGUGUCAAUCGAAGAAAACGUGCCUGUCGUGCAAGGCGAAACAUCACACCCUGAUUCAUGACGCGUUCGUCUUAACCGCACCCGAGCCGGUGAGUGCACUAUCGGCCAUGCAUCGCUACGAUGACCGGAAAGCAAUCCUGCUUGCAACCGCGCGAGUGGACGUCGCUGACCGCGACGGAAAUCCGCAUUUCGUUCGGGUCUUAAUCGAUCAAGGGUCCGAGGUUUCGAUAGUGUCGGAAUAUCUAGUGCAACGACUGCACUUGCCGCGAUCGCGCUCGGCCGUCUCCAUAUUUGGAAUCGGCGGGUCACGCUUGGGUCAGACUCGAGCCGAUCCCUUCUUCUCGAACAGCGAUCUCAUCGAACUGCUUCUGGGAACCGAGGUCUGCUCUGUCAUAUUGGAGGAAGGAAUACGCAAGGGCGAACCUUCGGCGCCCAUCGCUCAAAAAACCACUCUUGGAUGGAUUCUUUCGGGCGGAUGCGACGCCGCCGCGAGCCACUGUAGCUACCGCUCUCUCCAAUGCUCCGUGGAUCACGAAUUAAGCGAGCUGGUGCAACGAUUCUGGAAACAGGAGGAGGAAGGCGCCGCCCCCGUCGCAUUGACCCCGGAUGAGGAAAUGUGCGAGAACCUGUUCGUUAGUACUCAUACGCGGACGGCCGACGGACGAUUCGUGGUCAGACUGCCGUUCGCCCCUAGGCCAAAGUCCUUAGCGGAAACGCGGAAGCCUGCGGCCAGGCUGCUGAGCUCCAUGGAACAAAAGUGUAGACAACACCCCGCGUUCGGAGAUCUUUACCGAUUCUUCAUGAAGGAGUAUGAGGACCUGAAACAUAUGGAGAAGGUCGAGCCGCAAUCACGAAGCCAGGACAAUCCCGAGACUUGCUACCUACCGCAUCACGGAGUGAUGAAAGAGUCGAGCUCCACAACCAAGCUGAGGGUCGUAUUUAACGGAUCACAGCGAACAGAAUCAGGUGAGAGCUUAAACGAUUUCUUACUCGUUGGCGCAAAUCUCAUACCCGCUCUGGCCGACGUUCUGUCGCGAUGA